CGCAGUGUCGUGAUCCUCCCUCCUCACCGGGGUCAAGAAACAAGUAUGGCGGCGUCCAGUGUUUUCAGACCUGGCUUGUUCAACCAUAAAGUUGCAAUAGUGACGGGUGGAGGGACGGGUAUCGGUAAAGCUAUCUCUGCGGAGCUGCUGGAGCUGGGUUGCAGUGUGGUGAUCUCCAGCAGAAAGGUGGAGAGGUUGGAGGCAGCAGCUCAGGAGCUGAGACAAAAAAUCCCUCCCUCCAGCCCUGCGUGCGUCACUCCCCUACCGUGUAACAUCCGAAAUGAGGAUGAGGUGAAGACCCUUGUGUCAUCGGUGCUGAAGCGGCAUGGCAGGAUAGACUUCCUGGUGAACAAUGGAGGAGGUCAGUUCACCAGCCCGGCGGAGCACAUGACAUCUAAAGGCUGGAAAGCUGUGAUAGACACCAACCUGACUGGAACCUUCCACUGCUGCAAGGAGGUCUACACCGCGUGGAUGAAACAGCACGGGGGGGUGAUCGUCAACAUCAUCGCCGACAUGUGGAAAGGCUUCCCAGGCAUGGCUCACACAGGAGCAGCGAGGUCAGCAGUGGACAACUUGACAAAGAGUCUGGCCAUCGAGUGGGCUUCCUCAGGAGUCCGAGUCAACUCUAUUGCACCUGGCACAAUAUUUUCCAAAACUGCCAUGGAGAAUUACAAGGAGUUCGGGCCACAGCUCUUCAAGAUGUCUGUUCCCCUCAGCCCUGCAAGGAGGCUGGGAGUACCAGAGGAGAUCUCAUCAGCAGUGUGUUUCAUGCUCUCCCCCGCUGCCUCCUACAUUUCCGGAGCCACUCUGAGAGUUGAUGCAGGACAGAGUCUGUACCACUCCGCGUGGGAUAUACCUGAUCACAGUGCGUGGCCUGAAGCUCCAGAGGGAGAGAACCUGGACGCUCUGAGGGAACUGCUCAAACCACAAAGCAAACUCUGAUUGCCUUUUGUGGAAAAGUCUGAGCCCAGUGCAUAAACACACACGAGCAGUGCCAACAAGAAUCUUGGACGUUUAACUGCACGGUCACCACAAGGAAACAUCACACCGUGUUGGCCUUGUUGUAUUAAGAUGUGAUUAAUUAUGUAAACAAUGUACAUAACUGUCUGUAAUUAAUAGCAACAUGAAUGUCUGAUUAGUGUCAUAAAGGGUAAUGACAUAAACCAUUUCCAAUGCAUUUUGUAAUUUUGAUUAAAAAAAAAGUGAAGAGCAGAUAAAUUAUGUCUGCUCUAGGUUUUUCAAAUAAUAAAUAAAUAACACACAA